AUGAGCUCCAUAACUGAGGGGGUGGACGAUGGGGCUCGAGAGGAUGAACCACAGCUGGAGAACAGUGACCACGAACACCUCUCCCCAGCGCCAAAUGGACAUGUCAUCAAUACGAGUGAUGAGGGGCAGGAAUAUCAAGCAGAGCCCGGUCAGGAUGCAUUCCUAGAUGAUAACCCGCUAUCAGCGACCAGCAGUCGAGACUGUGCUGGCGCGGAGUCGGACUCUGCCUUUCAAAAUGGAUCCGGGGAAGAGUCAUCACAUCAACAUCAACAUCAGAGGAAUAGGGAAACUGGGAGUGUUAAUUAUUCCAGAUCAAUACCGGAUGACUCCCCGUCAGUUCAAGAUUCUAUGAUUUCAUCGAGAAGUAGUGCCUUUGGCCUGCACGGUUCUCCUUCCAAUCUCAGCCCCAGCCGCCAUCGCCCGUUUGAUCGUAGAUUUCAAUCCCGUCUUUCAGUAUCGCUGCCUAGCGCGCUGCGGCCAAGUUCCCCUUCGGUUAAUGCACCCCAUUCGCGACACUCCUCUUUCGCCAGUCAAAUUCUCUCCAGCACUCCAGAUUUGCCAGAAAGCCCUGCAGUGCCCUGGGAAGUAGUUCGAUGGACGAAACUUCGGAAAAUAACUGGCCAGGCGUUUUCUGAGGUGGGCAAACGGAACUUCGGCCAACCUAUGUGCAUCGCGGUCUCUACCACAAUUGUGAUCGGGACGGCCAAGGGAAUCAUAUUAGUGUUUGACUACCAGCAGAAUCUUAAAACCAUUAUCGGUCCUGGAACAAAAGCUAUUGAGUGUGGUCCAGUCACCUCUCUCGCCAUAUCCGCUGACCAUACUACAAUUGCGGCUGGCCAUGGAGGUGGCCAUAUUUUUACUUGGGAAAUUGCAAAAUCUGCGCGCCCAUUUCUUCACAUCCAACCGAUAACAGCUGGCCAGAUGGAAUCCAGGCGAUCCGAUGGUCACAUCUCCGGCGUUGCCGUUGUCCACAUUGGCUUUUUGGGAACAAGACAUACCGCACUGGUCUCUGCUGAUGAUCAUGGCAUGGCAUUUUCACACCUUGCUACUCGAGGUAUGGGAGCUGUUGGCCGUGUAGUACGAACUACGCGGAUUCUGGGACGGUACCCUGGUGCUGUUAUUGGCGGUGGCCGACCUCGAAAGCCGAGCUCUGUUCUUGCGUUUUCUCCUCUCCCACUGGGCAACGUUGAACAAGCAACGGACUCGAUUGGGCUAGUUGCCAUGCUCACGCCGUAUCUGUUAGUGAUUGUAUCGACAACUCCCGUUGCACAAACUCAGUAUAAAGCCAUUCGACCAAAGGAAGUUGUGGCUCACAGUGCGCUUACGGCUGCGCUUGCUUGGUUUCCAGCCAUCAAGCUGAAGGGGAAAAAUUCGGAAACCUCAAAAUCUAAAUUGGUUUAUUGUUGGUCGAAUGUACUUACAGUAUUGGAGGUUUCAGAAUUGAGUAUAGCAGAACCUGCAGACAGAGACAAACCUCCCAGCUUCGAAUUUAGACCUCGAAGUAGGUGGAGAGCUGAAGAGGCAAUUGUGGCCGUACAGUGGAUAAGUCGCUCGGUGCUCGCAGUGAUGACAAUCACUCAGCAACUUCUGAUCUUGGAAGACAACACUUUACGACUUACAGACUCCUUCGACCUCAUACACAAACAUAUCUAUCACGUGGAUAUCUUUUCGAAACAGCUUCACUCCCUAGUUGAGCAGCUUGAUGAGGAGGAUGAAUCAAUGCACGGAGUAAUAGCAGAUUCUUUUUACAUGAGUUUUCGAGCAUAUAAAGGUCGACUGUUCCUCCUUGGCGUCAAUGACAUGUCAGUUGGAUGCCUUUCUAACUGGGCUGACAGAUUACUGGCCCUUAUGGAAGGUGGUGACUAUAUUGGGGCCAUCCGAUUGGCAGCCGCUUAUUACAGAGGCGAUACUGAAAAGCUCACCGUGGGACUCCCUGAAGAGAAUGAUUUACGGCAUGAGCUAGUGCAUGAAAAAUUGUUGGACAUGAUGUCAGCAUCCGUCAAGUAUGUAUUUGGGAGAAACCAGGAAGCAACCAACAAGCAAAUUCAGUCGAACCAGUUGCAGGAAUUGGCCGAUUCCUGCAUUUCAGCAUGUGAUGCGUUGUCGGACUAUACCUUUCUCUUCGACGAAAUUUAUAGCUGGUAUGAAGAAUAUGGCUCCGAAGGCAUAUUUUUGGACAUCCUUGAACCUUACAUCGUUCAAGGCAGUGUUCGGGUUUUGCCUCCCACCGCUGUUAAGUCAUUAAUCACCCACUACGUAAUGAACCAUAACACCACUCGUUUGGAAGAAAUCAUUUGUCUACUUGAUACAUCAACGAUUGAUAUUGACCAGGUUACUUCGCUCUGCAAGCAGUAUAAUCUAUAUGACGCAUUUAUAUAUGUGUGGACUCGUGCAUUAGGCGAUUAUGUCGGACCACUUAUUGAACUCAUCAACUUGAUUCACCACACUUGCCGAACUGUGAAUAGGAAUGGCGAGUUGGAAACAAGGGACCAUUCAAAUGUGAUGAAGAUGUUUCCCUACCUUUCAUAUGUGUUAACUGGAAGAAUCUACCCUACCGGGGAAGACAUGCAUGAUGUUGAAGCUUCUAGAGCAAAAGCAGGGAUAUAUGAAUUUCUCUUCUUGGGCAGUACUCAGGCUUCAUCAAAUUCCAAAAAGGGUACUUCCCAGGACUUCUUUUCCGACCUUAGAACUAUCCUCGAAUUCGAUACGCCUAGUUUCAUGAGCAUGCUUAACGAAGCCUUUGAAGACAGUUUUUUAAAUGAUACUGUUGAUCAUGCCAGCAACGGAGUGGUGACAACGACUUCUGGUGAUUCAUUUGCAUCGGGCCUGUCUGUUAACCGCCAAUAUCUAAUUAGCAUAUUACUUGAAGUUAUGGAAUCUCCUAAAUUCGGCCCAGAAGACACCAUCUAUCUCGACAUGUUUAUUGCCCGGAAUCUACCGAAAUAUCCUCAGUAUACCCUUCUAUCAGGAUCUACCCUUCAACAAGUGCUUUUGAGAUUAUGUCGUUACCCUGAUCCGGAAAUGAUAGGUGAUUGUCAGCUCAGUGCGGAAUAUCUAUUGUCGAUCUACCACCCGCCGGAUGUGCAAGCUUUAAUUCCAUUGUUAAAGCAAGCGAAAUUUUACCGGGUCUUGAAAUCUACCUAUAAAGCAGAGAAACAAUUUCCUGAGCUUUUAUUGACUUAUCUUGAGGACCCAGAAAACCAACAGUCGAUAUUCGGUUGCAUCCAUGAUUGCCUCCGUCCGAGCUCGAAAUUGAGCAAGAAACAGCGUUGUGAGGUGCAUGCUGUGGUGAAAGAUCACGCCUCAAAAAUCGUGAAUAUUGAUGUCAAGAGAGCUGCUCAGACCGUCCAGGAAGUGGCCCCCGAUUUACAUAAAGAGUUUCUUCACGUCCUUCAGGAAGAUUCUUUCCGACAAUAUUCGUAUCUCAAUACUUUAUUCGAGCCAGAGCGGAAACGCACUGCGGAGACUGGGCUUGCGGCGAAAUUUGAUCAUCACCUUGUUGAGCGCUAUGUCCAACUUAUGUGCCGAUAUGACUCUUCACACGUCUCAGACUUUGUGGAUAUCCUAGAAGUUGGCGAUCUCAAACUCAAUGCAGUACUCCCUUCAAUGGAAAGUAGUGGGAUUAUCGAUGCUGCAAUAAUCCUCUUGGCUCGUCAAGGGGAAGUGCGUGCUGCAAUGGGCCGGCUUGUCAAGCACAUCGGAACCCUUGAGGCUGGCUUGUCAGGGCUGUUGCAAAAUGCGGACGAAAGCCCUGAUUCCGCAAGCAUGGCAGAAGCAGUGGCCGAUCUCAUCCAAUCAUUAGGUAACUAUACUCGUGUUGGAAUUUGGCUUUGCCAACAACAGUCGAAAAUAGCCAGGAAGUCUCGAGGGCCAAAUAAAUUAAGCAAAACAGGAUUGGCAAUCCUCAAACAGCCUCUAUCAUUUGAAGAGAAUCUGUGGCUCGAUCUUAUUGAAGUUGUGGUUCGCAUAGCACGCAAUAUGUCACCAUUGCUGAGGGAAUCCUUGCCCAUCUUCGAACGGGAUGAUCCAAUUAUGGAGGUUGAUAGUGCUCAGCCUGGAGAAAUUUCUUCUUCCUUUCGGGUUCUUGUUCAGCAAGUAUUUACAGCCUUGUUGAACAGUACGACAAAAUCCAGCGAUAGGCCCAGCGAAAAAACUGAUAUCUCUUUCUUGCGUGUGAUGCGAGCGUUUCUCACACGAGUAACCGCCGCUUCACCUUCACUUUCGGAACUUCGCUCCGUGAUCGCGUCGAUAUUUUCAGCCUAUACCUACGAGGAAUCUCUUCUUACCCUGGCCAAUGCUAUGCUGGAUAAGGACCUUUUUGUUCAUGUAGAUGAAAUUGCCAAACUUCGCCAAAGAGGGUGGAGGCCGCGAGGGCAAGUGUGUGAAAUAUGUCGACGACGAGUGUGGGGGCCUGGAUCGGGGGCUUGGCUAUGGGAGGCUUGGGAACAUAAACAGGAUGAUGACGCUAAGCGUGGGUACGCAAGGCGCCUUGACUUGGUUGGAAGUCAGAACGUCCCUUCAAGGGUGAAGGGCAAGGCACCUAUGUCAGGUGACAGUGCAGAUCCUCACUCCCCCGGUAAAAACACGAAUCAGCCUCCAGUUUUUGAUCGCAGCGGGCGGGAUAAUAUGAAUACUCCUGGGCAACAAGAACAGCAACACCCGGGACAUGAUAACGGAUCUCUAAUUGUGUUUAGUUGUCGGCAUCUAUACCACCUAUCCUGUCUCAUUAACGAAGGUGAGAAACGAGGCUUUUUGGGUCGGCCUGGGUCCAAUCAUCGGGGCGACGGGAUAAGUUUAUCAUGUUUGUUAUGUACAGUACGUUGA